CAAGGGUCUUUUCCAGGUGUUGACCCUGCAAGGGUCAACGUCGCUCAACUGCACUUGCACCACAGCCUCGUACAAGAGCCCGAGCAGCCUGCUCUUCGUCGUCUUCUCCAGCUCCUCGCCCAACAUGAGUGGCCACGACGUCACCUCGUCCCGCGGGUAGCGCUUCUGCCUCCGCCUGCCUAA